UUUAGAUUACAGCAACGUUGAAAGGUUAAAAAUGGAUAGCUAGCUGCCAAAUUAUUAUUAAUAGAGUCCGUUUUCUUUACGUAUUUACAUGCUAGAGCAAUAUCAGUCAGAUUAUAAUUGCCUGUCUCAUGACUGUCUGCACGUGUCGGCAUGGACAACCGUUGUUAUUGCUGUGCAUCAAAGUUCAGUCUCUUCAAGAAGGAGCUGGGCUGUAAGGGCUGCGGCCGCUCCUUCUGCUCCAGCUGUUUGACUUUCAGUGCUGUGGUGCCUCGCUGUGGCAACACCCAGCAGAAGGUCUGCAAACAGUGCCAUGGUAAUCUGACAAGUGGAGAAUCUUCAAACAGUGCUGGAAGAUGGUCUCCCCCUGAAAAUUACAAAAAACGAGUCGCUGCAUUUGAGGCCAAGCAACAGCAACAGGCGGCAAAACCUCUUCCACAAGGAAACAAUAGAAACAGUAAGGCAGGCCAUCUACCAACCAAAGGCCUGAGUAAAGAAGAUCAGGCUAUCACUGAGAGACUUCAAAAGCUGAAGGAGGACACCACACCAAAGUCCGUCCCCUCCGAAAAAGAGCUUGAGACUCGCCUUGCUGCUCUGAAAGCUCCCAGCCAGCCAGUGCCUUCUGCAGCAGAGAUGGAGGACCGCCUGGCAGCUCUACGGGGUCAGAAUCCACCAUCUCAAGCUCCUCCACCUGUACACCGGCCUCCUGAUAACCGCACUCAGACAGAACAAGCCAAUGAUCUGAUUACUCAGAUGACAGAGGAAGUUGCCAUAGACGACCAGCAAUCAAAUCCUGAAUGCAGUGCAGAUAGCGCUAUGAAUGAUCUCAACAAGGGCGAGGGAGGGGCAUGGGAUGAGAAUUUGGAGGAGAACCAGGAAGUGGACAAGCAGCUGGAGGCUGAGAAGGCCCGUGUCCUGGAGGAGGCUAUGGAGGAGCUGAGGAAGGAGCACCAUACUCAAGAUCAGAUCCUCCAAAUGGCCAAGAGGAUGGCGCGGCUGAAGGGGCAGGACCCAGACAAAGUUACUAUGGAGGACUUUCAGCACCCUGACAGUGAAGAGGAGACUGAGGAAGAGGCUGUGAUGAGAGUGCUAAAACAGCUCUCUGAAGAAGCUGCAUUGGAUGAGGCCAGUGGCUACAACAUACCUUUAGAACAAAGUGGACCAAAGAACACAGAAAAGAAAAAAGCUUCAAAGAAACUGACCCAGGCUCCAGCCCCCAAGAGUAGGAUUUCACCCGCUGCUGUCGCACAUCAGCCAUCAGACAGUGACGAGGAGGAGCUACCAUGGUGCUGCAUCUGUAACCACAACGCCACCCUUCGCUGUCAUACUUGUGAUGGAGACCUAUACUGCAACCGCUGCUUCAGGGAAGGCCAUGAUAAAUAUGACAGGAAGGAGCAUCGCACCAGUAACUACACCGCGCCGAAGAAGAAGAGGAAGACAUGAUAGGGAGACAGUGCAGCAGGUGUUUGCCUUAUCAGGCUCUGGUCAGUCAUCACUGUUAGACUUGUGCUUUAGACUUAAGUGACCUAUUAAUUGUUACACAAACAGUGUCUCACAGGAUUGAACACUACUCAUCAUCUAAAACAAGCCAUGACACAUUAUUUUAACACCAGUUUAUUAGGGCUGUGCCGAAUGUAAUUUCUAAAAUUUACAUUCAAAGCUUGGAAAGCUUGGGAAUUGACCUUUGGACUCUGCAACACUCUGGAGUUACUGGAAAAUUUUGGAUCACACAAGUUGGAAACCUUGUGUGCAGCCACCGCUAGAAGCUAAUCUUACAGACGUAAUAUAAGUGUAGCCUCAUCUUUAUCCACAACUGUGCAAGAAUACCGCAUUUAAAUGGAAUGAAUAGACAUGCAGAAAAAAAAUGGCUGUGCACUAUUCAAAUGCUGACUAAGAAUUCAAAUUUCAACAAUAUGAAUGAAGCUUCGAACUAUUCGGUGCAGCUCUAAUACUUAUCCAGUACGCCCAAAGUGGCUUUACACAUGCAUCUGUGUAGACCACAGGAGGAGCAGCAUCUGCUUUCUGUAAUAGCUAACAGAGAUCUAGAUUAACUAAACAAAUAAAAUAUAAUAGCAGAUUUAUGGCAAAGCUAAGAGAAGACAUAGACAUACACUCUAAUGUAAAUGUAAUGCAAUAUGUAUGAUAUGAAAACUCCUAACUUACCUUCUGAAUGACCCUGUUGGGGAUCAAUAAUUAGCUUUUAGGUAAGUGAAUCUUGCAGAUGCUGCUUGACAUUGUUAGUAUUUUAGCAAAACUGCAGUGCUUCUGCAUACAAAAAAGUUUUAAAGUGUCGAACUGAAUAAGAAGCUUGAAGUGUUUUUCUUAUGUCAGUCGUCCUACUUCCGAAAGGCAACAAAGGCUCAUUUUAGAUGCACUUUGCACUUCUCACCAUUUGAUUAUUUAAAAAAAAAAAUGACAGUACAGACAGAAAGCAGCCAUAUCGUGAGCUCAUCUGGGAAGAUGUACAAUCCCAGACUACUGUCAGCUCUGGACUGAGGAAGUACAGAGGAGUCAGUAUAAAAGGAUUACUGAGGGCUUUGUUUGCUUUUGGCAGGCGCUGCAGUCACUCUUGUAAUCUAUGUUUGGCUGCAAGUGUGACAUGAGCGUUGCCUUUCUUGUCCUUGUGUGUAAUUCUAUUAUAAAGGAUGCAAAAGUGUGAGGCGCUGUGUCACUUCAUCUCUUUAGGUAUAUUUUUAACACUGAAGCCUUUUUUUUUCAACCACUGAUAUCAUCACUUGAUAAAAUUGUCCUAGGUUGGCAGGCCUUGUCAGAAGUGUAUUCUUAACAGUAUGGAUGGCCUCUGUGUCAGAGAGUGGAAGUGGGGGGACGAACCAAGCAAAUUACUAUAAUGGAGCCCUCAGCCGAAAGACCCUCCGUGUAUGACAGAGAGAAGGCCAGAGUGCAGUUUCAUCAGUGUGCAUUACUG